GAUAGAACACAUUGAAUCAAUUUUGGCCAUAAGAGUUAGUACUGUUAGUUUUGAUAGCCAACAAGGGCCGAUAUAUCAUUACUCCCUGUUUUACCCCAACAGAAUAUUACUACAAUAUUCCAAUCAGUUUCAAAAUAUGUCCCCUCCAAGACUCGAGAGUAUUGCACUGACACUACCUUACUGAGCAGGUUUCGUUGUGUAAAGAAGGCUAUUUUCCGCUCUUUUGUUCGUAGAAAUGAUUAUAAAGGGCAUGCUCAGACGAUAUGAAAGAUGGAAUCCAGUGCAUCCUACAUAUGGAGCCUUCUGGGGCAUGGGAAUAGGUAUUGGCUGUGGGGUGGGAUGGGGCCCUGGAUUUGGUCCUGAGGCUAUUGGUUAUGUUGGAGCUGGUUGUGGUGUUGGGUUCAGCGUCGGCUUCUCUCUGCUCGGCAUUGGCAUUGGCCUCCCUGCCAACUACAUCUACACAGUUCCUUACAACACCUUCACAGCUACCAGAAAUGGUGCUAUAGAGAUGGCUCGAUCCACUGAUAUACAAAGCAUGAGAAACAUUGUAGAAGACAAUUGGUGUUACCUUGAUUCAAGUAUUUCUGGGCUGCAAGAAAGGGUGAUUCAGACUUUUUCAACCUUAAGGGGCAAAGAAUCGUUACGGAAGGCGGUAGAUUUGUCCAAAAAGUCGUCCAAAAUGUCCUUUCCUGAUCAAUGCAUGCAUCGUCUAAAACAAGGCAUCAAUGGCUUAUUUCGUCCUUUAAAAGGUUCAAAGGAUUAGCAGCAUGAAGGGAAGCACUAUGUUUUUCCAGCCCAGAAGUGUCAAUGUACACAUUAUAGUAUUGGCCUUUAUUUUUUACCUCACAGCAUUCUGUUGGCUUACAUAAACAACUAUUAUGGAAAUCCACCCCCACCCCCACCCCACCCUUUGUUUUUUUUUCCUUUGCUAAUUUCUUUUUGUUCCUCUUCUGGGGAUGGUGGGUGAGCUUGUGAUAGUAGGGAGAGUAGGUAGAAGAGAGAGGAGUAAUUGAAAUUAUUAGGCUGCUGCUAUAUGUGUAAACAUAUUCUGAUUUCUUUUAUGUUGGAAAACAUUGUUCAAAUGAAAGUGAAAAAGAAUCUGUCUUUUUUUUUUUUUU